UUGAUCUGACAUUUGUAUCAAAACUCCAAGGCCACUUCAUCUCACAGCAGUCAUGCCUCCAAAACGAAAACAGCGAUCUGACGAUGGCCCCGACCAGCAAGAAGGAGAACAUGAUCGCAAGAGAUUCGCAAUAUUGAAACCUCGGACUCGGCAUAUCGCAGAACGUACAAUUAAAACAAAAUGGACCACGCUACCUGAUUCUGUUCAAGGGAUGAUCAAAGACCUUUUCCGAUCGAUUGAGCGGCCUGUUGUUAUGAGACAUCGCGACGAAAGGAAGCGUAUCGAAGCCCAAACGGCGGUUGUGGCAGUCAGAAAAAAUCUAGGGAGACGGUUACCUCGAAUGCCAUUCCCGCCUGGUACCAAAGACGCCGAUUUCGACUACGAAGCUGCAUUGGAUGAGAAUCGUGCCUUGGAACUUCAAUUGGCUGCGGUUGUUAAUUCUGCGGAUUUGUUAAGAGCAGAGAUCGCCCGGGAGGAAGCUCAGCUAGCAAAAGACAAAGCGCAACUCGAGGAGCUGGAGAAGAAUGCGAGAGCAGCGCAAACAGAAAGGAAGCGACAGACAAGAAAUGCUCAUCCAGUCAUCCGGCACCUGGAACGUCUUGGACAGCAAAGCGACGGGAGUACAUCCCUCACCUUUACCGGACUGAAGGAUAACAAGAGUAUGCUGUGUGAGAUUGAUACCGACUCAGAACUCUAUCCUUUGAUUAAGCAGCUUCGCAGCCAUCUCGAAUCGAUGCAAAAUAAUGUCACCCAGAUUGCGGGCCUUAGAGAAUCCAUCAUUCGUGCCCAAUCAUGCUUAGAUCUUCUUCCCCUAGGGUGACUUCUUCGGAUGUUCCCGAGAAAAGAUAGAAUCUUCCAAUGUACGUCCAAUGCGGAAGCCAUCGGCCCUCCAGAGAAAGUAUAGAUGUUGCUGGACUCCUGUUUCGGCUAGGAAAAAUAUAUAGAUAUCAAGUGGCUGAGAAGCAGAACCCGAUUUCCCAAUAAAAUGCGGAUAUUGAAUCAACAGGUUUUAUUUCCUUACAUACCAUUAUGUAUCUAUCUGAACAUCUCCUUAGAUUUAGGCGUGUAAUCACCGCGUAAGUGGAAC